CUGGUGUCAAACUUCUAAGUUUGUUCCAUUACAGCUAAUUUUUAAUGGACAUAAAUACUCUAAAAGGAACAUUCUUAUUCUAAUAUCUGAUACUCGAUUUAUUAAAAGCUGUGUUUGCUACUGAAUGCAGUAUGUGUAUGAAAGCACAAUUUUGGUUGAAAGGCAGUUUAAACAGUUUUACCGUAGUAUAUGCUUCAAUAGCCAUUUGUUGUUUUCUCUCUUCUGAUCCAGGUAUUUCUGCAUUUGUAGACGUUUGGUCAUUUAACAGAACAGAAAAUUACUCAAAAACCUUUGAGCAGCAACUUCUUGAUAUGGGAGCAAAAGUUUCAAAAACUUUGAACAAGCGUGUGACUCAUGUAGUCUUCAAAGAUGGACACUUGGCUACAUGGAGAAAAGCACAGAAGAUGGGUGUAAAAAUGGUUUCUGUACUCUGGGUGGAGAAGUGUCGAGAAACUGGAGUACAUGUUGAUGAAUCCUUGUUUCCUGCAGUAGAUGCUAAUGAAGGAUUACCACUGCUGCUCAAAAAACACAGAUGUAUGCAGCCAAAAGACUUUGUUGAAAAAACUCCAGAAAAUGAUAGAAAGCUACAGAGAAGACUGGACCAAAUGGCUAAACAACUAGCUGUACAAAAGGUAGCAAUUAAUGCUGAAACUGAUGUACCAGUUUUACUAUUUGAAGACAAUGGUUCACUUGUAUAUAGCCCUGUUAGUAAGAUAAAAGAUCAAUGCAGUGCAAUGGAAAGAAGAAUAAAGGAAAUGAAGGGAAAAAGAGAAAAUCUUUCUCCUGCUGAACAAAUGGAAGACUGCUUGAACUCAAGUUAUUAUCUUUGGGAAACUGAUAAAUUAAAGAGACACAAAACUGAGGUAGUAAAGCACGCCUGUGAUGCUUGGACUGAGACUCCUGUACCUGUGAGUGCAUCAGGGAAUUCUCCCUCUCAUAGCUGUGAGCAGGAGACCUUAACACCAAAGCAACAUAGCAGAGGAAACUUAAGCAGGAAACAGAUUUUGCGGCACAUUUCAGAUGAUAAAUUGUCUUCAGAAGAGAAAGAUCUAAAAAAAUUUCCGAAGAAAUAUCAGAAGGAUGAAAGUAGCAUGACUACUUCAGUUGCAAAUGAAAGUUCUGUUUUUCAAAUCAAAGGCUUGGGUGAUAUUACUCCUUCCAAAAACACAUUCAAGUUAAAUACCACUCCUGCUUUGAUUGACAAUCUCUCUACUUCACCUAUGAACAGUGAAAACUUAAAUACUUGUGCACUGAAUAAAAGUUUGCCUCUUGACAGAAAUGUUCUUGAACACAAGAGGAGGAAACUACAAACACUACCUAGUUUGAAACAGACUACCUCAGAACUGGGUGUGUCACGGUCUAAAGAGUUCUUGCAAGCAGUUACUACGUAUAGCAAGUCUUUUUGUGCUGAAGAUGAUUCUUACGAAGACUUCUUUGCAUCAUCUAAUUUGAAUAAAAAUGAAGUACAGGUCCAAGUACCAAAGGAAUCAGAUAACCCUCCUGAAUUUUGUUGCAAAGAGUCUUUUACAAGCAUGGACUCACUUGAUGUGAGUUUCUCUGAGCCACAUGCGACUUCCAAGAAAAGUCAGAAUGUAUCUAUCACAGCAAAUGAUGUUUUCAAACUAACUGAACAUCCUGGAAGUGUGUCAUUAAAUAUGUCAGAUGGUGAAAAAGCUGACACUGCAGAAGCUCUAGAUUCUGAUGAUGUGGAUAGGCUGCCUCAGCAUGCUCAUGAAAAGUCCUACAGAAACAGUGUGAAUUACUGUACUCAUACUGCUGGUGAUGAGAAUGAAGUUUCAGAGUGUCAUGUUACUGAUGUCUCUUGCAAAGUUUUUAAUGAACAAAAGAAUAAACACAAUGAGGUUUUAAGAAAAACUAGAAGACUCCAUAAGCCAACAAGGACACUAGUUAUGACAAGUAUGACUUCUGAGAAACAAAGUACAGUAAUUCAGGUGGUGAAUAAACUUGGAGACUUUUUGUUCUCAGAUGAUGUAUGUGAAACAACAAGUCAUGUAGUGACAGGGAGUCCUCGUCGCACCUUGAAUGUUAUGCUGGGAAUUGCUCGUGGGUGUUGGAUUGUUUCUUAUGAAUGGGUUCUGUGGUCUUUGGAAUUGGGGCAUUGGAUCUCAGAGGAACCAUAUGAGCUUUCAUCCACCUUCCCUGCAGCUCCUAUCUGCAGACUUCAGCGUCACCUAUCAACAGGAAAAUACCAGCAGAAUCUUUUUUCAAACCAGCCUGUGAUGUUUGUAUCCCCUACCAGUCAGCCACCCUGCAAGAAGCUAAUUGAACUUAUCCAGCUGUCAGGAGGGAAAAUAUGUAAAACCUUACGUCAGGCAAAAAUCUGUAUAGGAAAACAACCAGGAAAGAAGUACCAGGAAAUAAAAUGUUUAUCAGAAAAAUGGAUAUUAGAUUCAAUCAGUCAGCAUACAAUAUGUCCCAUGGAAGACUACAUUUUUCAGCUGUGAGCUAACUCAAGAGCUUCCAUAUGGUUGUAAGGAAACAAGCAUAGUUUGGAUUCAACAAAAACCUAAGCUGUGAAAAAAUUUUCUAAGAAAGCACAGUUACAUAUUUAUAAAUACAGGGAAACGUUUUGUACAUUUUUAUUAUUUG